AUCUCUUUACUGCUAUACAAUAUGGAAGAAGAAGAAUGGUUGAAUAAACCUAUUCAUCAAGUUUUAUCUAAUUAUACCUUAUUAGACAUACAAACUUGUGAAGAUACUCAAGUCUCUUUAGCAGGUGCUUCAUUUUGGAAACUGAAUCUAUGUGCUGCAAGUCAACUUGAUCCCUCUUUAUACUUUGUUGCGGUUAGACAAAAGAUCCACGUCUAUGGUUUAAACAAAGGAUAUCUUUUUACAACAGAACCUGUCAUGAUCUUGAAUCCUUCCACCGAUCCUCAGUUUUCGAUUAAUGCUAUCAAAGUGGGACCAAUGCAACUUCCACCUAUUAAUACCACCAAUACUCACGAUAAAAAUGACUUGAAACCAUCACAACGACAACAACAGGAAGAAAAAGAAGAAGUCUUGGUGGCAGUUGGCGAUAAUGGAGAAGUGUUUAUUUGGAAUACGAGAGAGAUUGGCUUACACAGACAACAACCAUCAUUAUCACCACCAUUACCUAUUUUGCGGAAAUUGAAUCUCAAUGGUCCACUGGAACAAGUUAACAUCAAUAGGCAAAGAGCAUACUGGAAUCCAAAUGAUGGAGCGUCGACUUGGGGAAUUGCAAUCCAUGCCAAUGGACUCAUAGCUGUCUCAGCUAACAAUCAUCGUAUCACGAUUUACAACCUAUGGAAAGAAAUAUUACUUCAACAACAACAACAACAACAACAACAACAACAACAACAACAACAACAACAACAACAACAACAACAACAACAACAAGAGGGAACGGAAAAUCAUGGUUACUACGAUUUCGACAACGAAAAAUGGUUAAAGGGAAAACAUCAACAUAUUCUAGGUGACAAGACAGCAGUUGUAUUGAAUGGACAUACACAUAAUAUUCCUUGCUUGGAUUUCGAUACGACUGGUCAGUAUUUGGCUACAGGAUCAGUGGAUAAGACUUGUCGAAUUUGGAGUCUUUCUACAUUGAAAGAAAUCGGGAAACGUACCAUGGUACCAUAUAACUCCCAUGAUGAUGAUGCUUGGUGUUGGGGUGUGAAAUUCAUUGAACCUGGUCACUUCAAAUCAGUAAUUUGCGAUCAACCUGCACUGACAGAAAAAAUCCUUCAAAAGCUUCAUCGAGGUAAACUGACUAGCGUGGCUCAUUUACAUAUGGCAUAUUCUGCAAACCGUCAAACAUUCAACAUGAAUGCAAACUAUUGGCGACAAAUGGAGAUCAUUUAUGGUGAUGGUGCAAUGAAUGAUGAACUCAGUGAUGACGGUGGUAUCGAUGGUCAGGUAUUCUUUACAAGAGCAAGGACUGAAGACAACAACAACAACAACGAUGAUCAUGCUCGUGGCGAUGUCCAUAUCAUCAACUUUUUGAAUCAUCUCGUCCAUCAUCCACACAGAACAAAUGUAGAUCCUUCAGAAAACACCACACGUGAUGACAGUAAUAAUGAUGACAAUGAUGUAGAUAAUGAUUUGGAUGAACUACUAGCACCAGAAGGAGAGCAACAAGUGACUGCAACAAAUGACAGUAAUGAACGUUGGCGUGGAUGGCCCACACCUCCACAUACUGGACGUUGGGGUGGAUGGUCCCCACCUCCACAAGAAGAGACUGCAACAGAUGAUAAUGGCAGACACGAAAAUCGAUGGCUGACAACUUCACCAGAACGGCAGACGAUGGAAGUGAUGAUACCUGUGCGUAAUCCAAGACGUACAACACAUACAUCCAGCGAUGAGGAUGACGACGAUAACGACUGGGACCGGGACCUCACCGAGAUAUCCGACGUAGAUGUAGCCGAUCAACUUCUGUUUGAACAGCAGGAGAAUUGGGAAAGACGAUUCAUGAACGACGAUGGCAGCAUAAUUUAUAGCGUUGAUGAUGAUAGUGCGAAUGGUGAAUCAUUAACUGACGAGGAACUUCGAUAUGAAGAUUUGGUGCAACGAAGUGCAAUGCCGCGACAUUUACAACAAGCUGUGGUAGAACGGGAACAGAGUCAAGAUGAAGGCCGAGAAACUUGGAAUCAACAACAAGAAGAUUAUCUUGACUGGCUUUAUGAAGAAGGGAUUUUAGUAAACUCCAAUGGUGUUCAUUCCAUUGAGGAUAAUUCUGUUUCAGGCUGGGAUGAUCACACUGAUCAACAUCAAGAUAAUGGUCGAUGGAGUUUCACAGUACAACAUAACGCAUUACAAAGUACCACUUCUGGCAUUUCCAAUUUGGCCUCACCUCCUUCUAUGACUUUAUCCUCUUCAUCUAUACCAUCAGCAUCAUCAUCAGCAUCAUCACCUUCCUUGAACGUCUCACCAUCCACAAAACCCAUCAAACACAAUAACAAUGAUAAUAUGAACCAGCAACCAACUCUUAUUGAAUCACAUCGUACCCAUCUCAACACUGGAGCAAUACCAUAUAUGUUUACUGGAGAAGCCACUGAAACCAUUAAACAUGCCAAAGAUGAUGACAUCCAAACCAAAUCAUUGAAUGAUUAUUUAAUGGUGACAACUAAAAUGGACGCUUAUCUUCUAAGUACAUCAUCAGCAACAACAGCAUCGACAUCACCUCAAUUGAGAACGAUUCAAAAAGAAAGACGUGUGGUGGACAGAGUGGAUAUUCGUACUGGGACACAUUCAGAUUUAAUCGAUCGACUUUGUUUUGUAGAAUGGAUUCCUGAUUUGGAGCUUUGUAUUAUUGGGUCUCAAAAAGGAUGUGUCACUUUGAUGCGACUUGUGCAAGUUCAACUUGGUCAACAACAACAACAGACGUGCUUGAUGAAUUAUGAAAAAUAUGUCCCUUUGAAUGGAUUACCCAAUUCGGAGCUCUAUGGAAUGACAGUUCAUCGCUUACCAUCUGAAGAUCACCUUACUUCUCCUAUCUACCAACUCUUGCUAUUAUACCAUGAUGGCGUCAUGCGAUCUUAUCAAAUAUCAAAAAGGACACCUCUUUCUCCUUCCUCAUCUAUGUUUGAUCUUUAUUCUGUUCUUUAGCUCUCCCCCUUCCACUUUUGUAUAUAAUAAAAAAAAUUGUGUCUUUUUCUUUU